CCUUUUUAUUGGUUUAGAUAAAGAAUAAGCAGAGAUUCUUACGUACCCUACACAGCAAAGUUUUCUCCAUGAAGCUAAAUAACCACCAAAGUAAACCUCCAACACAAACCUACAGUUAGCUUGUAUCACAAGUAACAAACCCACAAUAUAUACACACGUAGGAUCUACAAAUCGACAGAAACCAAAAAAAAUUGAUAUGGAGAUCCAAUCAUUUCCCAGCGAAAUCGUCUUCUUUGAUCUGGAAACAACCGUACCAAACAAAACAGGACAACAUUUUCACAUCCUAGAGUUUGGUGCGAUCAUCGUAUGUCCAAGAAAGCUAGAGGAGCUAGAGAGCUUCACAACGCUUAUACAGCCGAAAGACCUAUCGGUGGUCUCAUUAAGGUCGUCUAGGUCAGAUGGGAUCACGAGGGCUAAGGUCGGGGAGGCACCAAGCUUCGAAGAUGUGGCUGAAAAGAUCUAUGGUUUGUUGCACGGUCGGAUUUGGGCAGGUCAUAACAUUAGAAGGUUUGAUUGCGUUAGAAUUAAAGAAGCUUUUGCUGAGAUUGGUAAAGCUGCGCCUGAGCCCUCAGGGAUCAUUGAUUCUUUGGGGUUGUUAAGCAACAAGUUUGGUAAAAGAGCUGGUAACAUGAAGAUGGCAAGUUUGGCUGCCUAUUUUGGUCUUGGAGUGCAAAAACACAGGAGUCUUGACGAUGUUCGAAUGAAUUUAGAGGUCCUCAAGCACUGUGCAACAGUGCUCUUCUUGGAAUCUACACUUCCCAAUCAACUGGAAGGAAAAUGGCAAAGUUCUUCAAAGAUCAUGACAAGAAGUCGAAGUAAUAAACAAAUGGCUCCAAGGGCUGUGCCUUACUCGAAGGGUGGUAGUCUCGGGAAGGUAAUACAGAUGACACAGAAUGCAAAGAAUCUCUUAAGCAAAGCUCAAGGCAACCAAGCUCUUCAAAACUUGAUGAAACAUUCUCAUUCUUUGCUUAGAUGAUUACUAUAUCCUUAGUGAUUAUUAAUUUGUUUAUUUAAAAUAAUAAAAAAGGAAUUCAAUCGUAUAUACAUUGUAGAAGUUAUACCCUCAACACUUGUUAAUUGGCUAUUUCAUUUCUGGGUCAAAGUAAUUAGCUACUUCAUUUAUCAAUAAAUCAUGUUUUCAGUC